AAGCGGCGGCGCCGAAGCGGCUCCCCGUGAGGGCGGGGUGUCGCCGAGCGGGCCCGAAGGCGGGGCCGCGGGGGCCGAGCGCAGCCUGGCCGGAUGUGAGUGGAGCGGCCGCUUCCUGUUUCCCCGCAGUCCUCCCUCUCCCCGCUUUGGGUGGUGGCCGCUGCCUCGUCCCUGCUCCCAGGCACAGGGCGGAGGCGGCCGCGACCCGGUGCGGAGACCGCCGCCGGCUCCCUUCUUGCGCGGUCCUCCCCGCCCCGCUCAGCAGCAGGACCCGCCGCCGCGGCGCAGCCCCGAUGCAGGCCAUCAAGUGUGUGGUGGUGGGCGACGGUGCUGUAGGUAAAACAUGCCUACUCAUCAGUUACACAACCAAUGCAUUUCCUGGAGAAUAUAUACCCACUGUUUUCGACAACUACUCUGCUAAUGUAAUGGUUGAUGGAAAACCGGUCAAUCUGGGUUUGUGGGAUACAGCUGGUCAAGAGGACUAUGACAGACUACGUCCACUCUCCUAUCCGCAAACAGAUGUCUUCUUAAUCUGCUUUUCCCUUGUGAGUCCCGCUUCCUUUGAAAAUGUCCGUGCUAAGUGGUAUCCAGAGGUGCGGCACCAUUGCCCCAACACCCCCAUCAUUUUAGUGGGGACCAAACUCGAUCUCCGGGAUGACAAGGACACUAUUGAAAAACUGAAGGAGAAGAAGCUGACUCCUAUCACCUACCCACAGGGCCUUGCCAUGGCAAAAGAGAUUGGUGCAGUGAAAUACCUAGAAUGCUCAGCACUUACGCAGCGAGGCCUCAAGACAGUGUUCGAUGAAGCUAUUCGAGCAGUUCUGUGCCCCCCUCCUGUAAAGAAGAGGAAGAGAAAAUGUCUGCUGCUGUAAAUGUUACCCUCCCCCUCCUGGUCCAAGCCCUGUGCUUUGCUCAGAACAAUGGAGCAUUCACACUCAAUGCCAAGUUUUCCUGUUAUAAAUUAGUUCUCUUCCAUAAAUUCUUGAACCAAUCAACAAUUUCACGGUAUCCUUUGUUUAAAGUAUGAAAGUUAUCUUGCAUUCUUCUAAAAAGCAAACUCCUGACAAGACAAACCUAUGUAAAGCCUUAUUUUUAAAAUCCUAUUCUUGCUCAAUUAAGUGUUGCCAAACUAAGUUGCAUUGUUGUGCUACGGACACUAAGCACUAAACUGUUUUUUAAAGAUUCUUUGUGAAGAUGACUCUAAUUUCUGGUAGGAAAGUCAAAAACACUUUCUAGUUUUUCACAGUAAGUAACAGUACCGUAUAAUUAGCAAAACACUGCACUCUGUGUUUUACUAUUAUGUGUUUUCUCAAAAUCCCCCCCCAGUCAUUGCGUAGCGUUGUAUAUUGAACCUAAAUCUUUGAUGAUGACUGACACCCUCGAGUCACAGUGUAAAAUGCUUUAUCGUUGGUAAGGGCUUGGUUGCAAUCUAGUUCUUGCUGCUGUGAUUUAAAAAAAAUAAAUAAAUAACUAUUCUUACCGAAGUGUAUCUAGUCCUUUUGACAGCAUUGUACGGUGAUGGAUAAGGAGAUAGCGGGUUGGAUGAAACGAUAGUGCCAGACAGUAUUUUCUCACUGUACGGAUGACUGACACUACACUGCCAGGGUCGCUGGAACUGAAUUGGUGUUUGGCACAGGUUAAAACCAGCGACCAGUUCCCAGGGGUGCGGCAGGGAGAGGUUGGUGUUCACAGGGACAUUCCUCUGACUUCUGUGGGGGGCAUUCAGCGAGGUACAACUCUCAACCAGUCAUUCCCACAACUGUUGUGUAGUAAACGCUUUUCUCUUAGAAUCUUUUCUUACUGAGCAAUAUAACUUGUAUUUUAAAACCUGAGAAGUUUUUUUUUUUUGUAGUGUAGAAUGUUCAAGCAUCUGCUCCUUAUUUUCCUGUUAUUUCUGACCCAGUAAGUUAUAUGCUUUCUGAGGAGCUCUUAGUCUAUAUUAACUAGGUGUAAAAAUCAUGUGAAGCAGCUUUACACAUUUUAGUAAUUUUUGUAUUUUAAACCUCUAUAAACUAUGAACCUUCUCAAAUAUCACUGUUUGCCAGCUCUCCCCAGCAGUGUAACAUGACUAAUGCAGACAAGUGUUCUUUUAUGUCACUACGUGUACACAUGCAGCAUAGAUUGAGUAAUGGUAACUUGGGUCUGUGAGGUUCUGUAAAUUAGUGCUAAUGUUCUGUACAUCCUAAACUGGCAGGAAUCCAAUGGUGAAUGACACCCUUUCAACCACUAAAGCAAAAUUUAAAAAUAAAAGUCGCAAAGUUGUGAAGUUUUUACAUUGAUCUUUUGCUAAUGCAAUUAGCAAUAUGUUUUGCAUGUAUGACUUAAUAAAUCCUUGAAUCACA